UGCGAAGGCAUGAUGCAAUAGUUGGAGAUGUCUCGGGGAUCGUGACUAGGAGCCGCGCCUGUUUGCCAAGUUACGAGUAUAUAACAGCCGCGACCGGCCAGCGGAGCAUCAGUUCAUUCUCAGCCUCCUAAGGCACAACACAGAUCUCAGAGCCACUCAUCGCCAACACAAUGAAGGUUUUCGUUGCGACUUUCCUGCUGGCGGUGGCCGCUGUCUCUGCCGACCGCCCUCUGGGAAGGUCUGGUCCCGGCCAGAGCUACGGAGCUCCCCAGAGGAACGGAGGGGCCUCCCAGAGCUACGGAGCUCCCCAGGGCAGCGCCUCCCAGAGCUACGGAGCUCCCCAGGGCAGCGCCCCUCAGAGCUACGGAGCUCCCCAGGGCAGUGCCCCUCAGAGUUACGGAGCCCCUCAGACCAGCUACGGCGCCGGCCAGGAGGAAUUCCCACCGCAGCCGUACUCUUUCGAGUACGAGGUUAAGGACGACGAGGGUAACGACUACGGCCACAAGGAGGAGUCGGACGGCAGCCGCGUCGAGGGUGUGUACCGCGUGCUGCUGCCCGACACCCGCGUCCAGACCGUCACCUACUACGUGGAGGGCGACUCUGGUUUCGUGGCUGACGUCCAGUACGAGGGCGAGGCGCAGUUCCCUGAGGACAGCCAGAACGGCCAGUACGGCGCAGCCGCCCCCAACAACGGCUACGGCGCUCCCAGCCCGGCCACCGGCUACGGAUCGCCCUUCUAAAUUCUCACACGGAUAUCCAAUACUGGCCGAUAGAUAAAAGCAUUGAUUACUCCGAUAGCAUGUAAAUAUUUCGCUGUAUGUAUGCGCAAGGUGAAUGCAGCUCGCCCGUCGUGCAGCUCUCAGCAGCAUGAAGAAUGAAGAUGAUGAUGUUGGAUGCAUUGGCAUGUGUUCAUAUAAGUGCAUGUAUUUAUUACCUAUCUAUGUGACGUCAGCGUGCUCAGUGUUGUCACUACCUACUCAAUACACGUGUUUAUGACCUUGAUGAA